AAAUACGCCGGUUCUUUCCUCGGCCACUUUCACCCGCCUCCUCGCUCUCGCUCAAUGGCGGCCAAUAUGCGAUCUAUACAGGAGAUUGUCGACAUCAUCCUCCGGAAGAUUUUUCUCGUCGUCCUCCAACAGCCCUCGAAGAAUGACCCUAACAUCGUUUUCUUAGCGCUCACGGCAGCCAAGAUCCUCAGUGAAGGCAAAGCUCUUUUCCUUUCCUGCACUAUGAUGGACCGGGUUCUCAUCGAUCGGCUCUCUGGUGAUUUCCCCUCCACAGAGCCUCCCUUCCGCUAUUUAGUCGGCUGCUAUCGCCGUGCCUGUGACGAGUUGAAAAGGGUUGUCUUAAUGAAGAACGCCUCCUUUAGAUCGGAAAUUGAGUCGGAGAUCAAACAAGCACGGAAAUUAGUCAUCUCGUAUUGUAGGUUACAUACGAGGAAUAUGUUCAAGACCCCUGGGCAGCAGGUUACUUCAGUGACAUCUGAUUUAAUGUCGAUGAUCUUCGCAGAGGUCUCAACCCAUAUGGAUGAGUUCGGAGAUGAUACUUUGGGAGAUGAUACUUUGGGCAGAGGUUUCGACAACCCUCCUGGUUUUAUUAAGGAGUUCUUCAGGGAUGGCGAUGAUGACAGUAUGGAACUGGUUCUGCAGGAUUUAUUUGAAAAACUGAGGCAGAGUGUGGAUGGAAUAUCACCAUUAGGAAACUUUCAGCAGCCGAUGAGAGCACUGUUGUUGUUAAUUGAAUACCCUAACAAUGCCAAAAUUUUGGUGAAUCACCCAAGGUGGAUACCUAAAAAUACUAACUUGCCGAUUGGUGAAGGAAGGAUGAUUGAGAUGGAAAGCAUUUUAGGAGCCUUUCUCCGUAUUAGUGCAUUGCCUGAUUCUAAGGAAUUUAAGAGUACAACAGAUGUCGGACAACAAUGUUUCUCAGAAGCGUCUAAUCAUCGGUUGGCUUAUUCGUCAUCCUUUACAACAAUCAAGAAAGUUAUGAAUAUUUUGUACGAUGACCUCGUUGUAGUGUUUCACAAAUUACUUAAUAAUCAAGAUACACAAGAAAGAGUUUUAGAAUAUCUUGCAGAAGUUAUCAAGAAAAAUUCAGCAAGGUCGCGCAUGCAGGUUGAUCCAUUAUCAUCUGCAAGUUCUGGCAUGUUUGUGAAUCUUAGUUCGGUGAUGCUUCGUCUUUGUGGACCUUUGUUAGAUGGAUCUGUAGAAUGGAGAGAACAAAUUGAUCCUAAAUUUUUAUUUCAUAAUACUCGUUUAGAUUUCAGACAAUUGACAGCCUUGCACGCAUCAUCUGAAGAAGUCUCAGCAUGGUUAGAGGAGGAAAAUUCCUCAAAGGAUAAUCAUGAGUUGGAGGCUCAAGAAGGCACAAGCAGUGGUACAAGAAAGGAGAAGUAUUCUUUAACUUGUGAAUGCUUCUUUAUGACUGCAAGAGUACUAAACUUGGGACUGAUGAAAGCAAUAUAUGAAAUCAAACAUCUUAAUGAGAAACUGGGAAGUUAUGAAAAAGACCGGACUAUCCUCAAAGGCAUGAGGGAACAAGGAGCUUCUCCACUAUUGGAUGCAAAUAUAAAAUAUCUGGAGAAAGAAAUUGGUAUAUUGUCACAAUCCAAGUCAAGUUACGAAGUUCAAAUUUUUCAAGAUUAUACAUUGCUAGGACAGGCAUCGACCUUCUACAAAUUGGUUAUUAUCUGGUUGGUGAAUUUUGUUGGUGGGUUUAAGAUGCCUCUGCCAUCAACCUGCCCUAUGAAAUUUGCAUGCAUUCCAGAACAUUUUGUCGAUGAUGCUAUGGACUUAUUGGGGAUAACUUUUGGAAUUCCAGAGGUUUCUAAAGGGGUUGUCUUGGAUUUCUUGAAUUUCAUAAUUAUGUUCAUGGCGAGCAAUGCUUAUGUUAAGAACCCUUAUCUGAGAGCUAAAAUGGUUGAAGUACUAAAUCGUUGGAUACCAAACAAAAGUGGGCUUUCUGCUACUCUUUUUGAAGGACACCAGUUGCCCCUUGACUAUCUUGUUAGAAAUCUUCUUAAAGUUUAUGUUGCACAUACACAGUUGUUAUCUAAUAAAUUCACCGUUCGUGAAAAUAUUUAUGAACUUUUAGAGUAUUUGUGGAAUGUUCCUAGACAUCUCAAUGCAUGGAGACAGAUUGUUAGGGAGGAGAAUGAAAUGCAUUUGAAUUUUUUGAAUUUGCUUAUCAAUGAUAGUAUGUAUCUUCUUGAUGAGAGUUUAAAAAAAAAUAUCCAUCAGCUCAAAGAAAUAGAAGUCGAAAUGACAAAUUCUGCAGAAUGGGAACAGAGAUCUUUAGAGGAGAGGACAGAGAUAACGAGACUUUUUUAUUCACAAGAAAAUAUUGUCGAAUCUGAUAUGAAGUUGGCCAUUGGAAAUAUUGGUAUGCUUGCAUUCAUAUCUGAACAAAUUCCUGCACACUUCCUGCUUCCAGAAAUGGUUGAAAGGGUAGCUAUCCUGCUAAAUUAUUUUCUCUUGCAACUUACUAGUCCUCAACGGAGGUUUCCCGAUGUAAAAGAUCCUGAAAAAUAUAGAUAUAGAUGCAGACAGUUGCUAAGACAAAUUGUCAAGAUUUAUGUUCAUAUUGCAAGAGGUGACAAAUUGAAUGUGUUCCCUACUGCAAUCUCGAAGGAUGGACGGUCAUACAAUGAAAAGCUGUUUACAUCUGCUGCUGCUGCUGCUGCUGAUGAUGAUGAUAUUUUCGGGAAGAUUGAUAAAGCUGGUAAGGUAAUCAAAGAGUUUGUUGAGCUUGGUCUCAAAGCUGAUGAGGCUAUUCUUGGAGAGAUUCCAGAUGAAUUUCUUGACCCGAUACUGUAUACACUGAUGAGAGAUCCUGUCAUUCUACCUUUAUCAAGACAAUCAGUAGACCGGCCAGUUAUCCAAAGCCACUUGCUGAAUGGCAAUACCGAUCCAUUCACCCGUUCUCAUCUGACUCAAGACAUGUUAAUACCAAACAUAGAGCUGAAACAAAGAAUUGAAGACUUUAUCAUAUCUCGGAGGAAACGGAAACGCAUCAGAGGGUAUGAAACUUCAAAAGAUGAUUGUGGUUGAGUAAAUGCAUAUUAUCUUCUCUGCUUAAAGAACUAAAGGAAGAAUCCAGACUGAACAAGGUGACUUGCCAUUUUGCAUGUAAUAUGUAAGAAAAGAUUCCUUUAAUAUGUGCCUAUUUUGUUCUUUUUUGGUGGUGCAAAUUGUUACAAUCUCAAGAAAAAUUGAGAGGGAAAUUGAGUAGGCUUAGGUUCUGGAAGCAAGACAUUGUCCACUUCUACUUCUUAAAUUGUAUCAUAAAUUGUGGAAGAGAAAUAGUAUUCCUUUUAAAAAAGCAAA